AGUCACUUCCAUUAUAGUGUUUGUCCCGUCAAUUGAGGACACUUAAUUAAGCAAAAAGAAAGAUAUAAAAAUUUAAAGAAAGAAAUGAAUUUCAUCACGCUUGGUCGACAUUUGCCUUAGUCGUCGACUGUUGUAGUAAGGACAUUUUAGUAUGAAGAUCGUGUCGUGGCCGUUGUAGCAAGCUGACGAGUAUAAAGACGGUGUUUCGACGUUGACACCCGACGACAUACGAACGGUAACUCUGUACGGGUGUCGACGAACAAGGGGCUUAACUCUCCACACACGAGCAACGACACGAAGAGGACGAGCUAGCUACCUCGAGCCUAGUGACCCUGGCAAAACUGGUCAGUGUAGUAGGAUAGCAGGAGUAUGGCUUCAUCACGACAACACCAAGUUAGUGACACGUGCUGGCGGUCUCCUGUCAUCAGUGCUGUAUCUCCAGAACCAGACUUAACAGACCUGCUCAGCAGUAGCAGUAGCAGUAACAACAGUACUGAGAAUACCAUCUGCAUUGUGUCUACAGUCCCUUGCGUCAUCUCCACAGCAUCUUGCAGUGCCUCUGUAACAUCUUGCAGUACCUCUGUAACAUCUUCUAGUGCCUCUGUAGCUAGAUGUGCAGCACUUUCUGGUGCCAACAUUUACACAGCUGUACCACCACCCAGCAGAUUUUCUAUUAACACUGUCUUUGGAAACACGGAAAGCAAACUUAUGGGUUUCAAACCAAAUAGCAGUGCCAUGUUUGAACAUUCUGUAAAAGGUGGAAAGACUGCCAAGCGUGGAAAAACAAUUUCAAAGCUUAGAAUUUUAACUUUCUCAGAUAUAGAGGGCAGCUUGUCAUUUUUUGAUCGGUCAUCUUCCAGCUGGCCUGAGGCACUGCAAGAAAAAUCUCUGGAUCGACAACAACACAGCAACAAUCAUGAGAGUGGAUAUACCUGGAGUGAAGAAACUGGGGGUGGAGCAGGAAAGCGAACCAAGAUUUGUCACCCCUCAACACAUACCAUGACAUCUUGGGAUAUAGACGGAGGAUUGGCAGCAGACUUUGAUGGGUCACUGUCAGGACUUGGCACAGAACUAGGCACAUCAAGCUACAACAUGAGUGAAGCACUACUGGCUCUCCCUGUUUUCAAGCAAGAAAAUUUAGAAAAUGGGUUUCAGUAUAUUCUUGGGGCAGCUACUUCACCUGCAGUGAAAAUGAACGAAGAAACACUUACUUAUUUAAAUCAAGGUCAGUCAUAUGAAAUCAAGGUGAAAAAGCUUGGUGAUUUGUCUGAAUUACAAGGAAAAUGUUUACGGAGUAUUGUCAGGGUGCAGUUUCACGAACGGAGACUGCAGUAUAUGGAGAGAGAGCAAAUUGAGCAGUGGAAGCAAGCACGACCAGGCGAGAGAAUAUUAGAUGUUGACAUUCCUCUCUCAUAUGGGCUGGUAGAUGUUAAUCUUGAUCCUUCCAAGAUCCAUCAAGUUGAGUUCAUCUGGGACCCCACGAAAGAGACUGGCUUAUAUUUUCGUGUGCAUGCCAUCAGCACAGAGUUCACUGCCAAGAAACAUGGAGGGGAGAAGGGUGUACCUUUUCGUAUUCAAAUUGAGACAUAUUCACAUGGAGAUGACAGCAAACUUCUACAUGCUGCUUCUUGCCAAAUAAAGGUUUUUAAGCCAAAAGGGGCAGAUAGAAAGCACAAGACAGACAGAGAGAAGAUGGAGAAGAGGACAGAGGCUGAAAAGGAAAAGUACCAGCCAUCCUAUGAAUGUACAGUUCUUACUGAAGUGAAAUUAAAGGGUAACCCAAGUGCCAAUAUUUGUCAAAUGACUUGGCUUAGUUCAUUACAAGAUACAUCACAAGAUGUUCCCUUGGAGCAAGUUCUGUUGUCACAGAAUGUAAAAGCCUCACCAUCACUUUCAACCAGCUUUUCAGAGUUGUCAUGUGGGUCUGUAUCUUCACCAGCUUUAUCACCAAGCCCAUCCCAGACCCCGACUCCAUCUGUGACUAGACAACAUGCAUCCACCCCUCACACCCCACAGCAUCAGCAACACACUCAGACGCGACAUCAGCAGCAACAUUUGCCUCUUACUGGUGCCUGUUCCUCAGCUCAUGACUCUGACUCAUUAAAUGGACCCCUGUCUGCAGAGGCAACAGCAACAGAAGUUCAGAAAUGGCUUGUUUAUCAGAGGUUUUCUAAUUAUACGCGUAUUUUUCAACAUUUUUCAGGUGCAGAUUUACUGCGGUUAAACAGAGAUGAUCUGAUCCAAAUAUGUGGUCUAGCUGAUGGCAUACGAUUAAAUAAUGCAUUACAGUCCAAGUCAGUACGACCUCGGCUCACAAUCUAUAUCUGCCAAGAACCAGAAUCAGUGUACCAUGCAGUAUACAUGGAUUGUGUUGGAGUUGACGAACUUAAGAGCAAACUAGCCUGUCUCUUUGGUAUCCAGUCCCAUCAGAUUGGAGACAUUUUUAUGCAAGGGCCAUCAGGCAUCCACAUUAUGGUCACAGAUGAAGUUUUGCAAAAUACUCAAGACCAGUCACGCUUUGUCGUCGAAGGGGUAAGAGAAGAGUCUGGGGACAAAUACAGAAUUCUCCUCAAGUCCGUGGAAUAACAUACAGCAAAUACAAAAUUGCUUCUUUCUUGGCCAAUCACUCAUGCCAGCAUAAGAGGGACAUUCAGUGUGUUCUUCUCAAAUCUGUAACUUGUGCUACUGUAGAAUGUAGUACAUUUACUACAGUAAAUGGAUGAACUUGUGGUUGGUGAGACCAGUAUCCUGCACAAGUUGUUCAAGGUUAUCAUCCAUGAGUCUCAGUGUAAAGAGAACGCUAGCCUGGUGCAUGGGUUAUAUCUGAUGAAUGCCCUUGUUCAACAAGGUUAUCACCAUGCAGGAGCAGCCUGGAGCGAGAGCGUAAAAUGUUGUGACUAUAACUUUAUAGUGGAGAUGACAUUUAACAGCAAUGACCACUUUAUAGUGGAGAUAGUGGUCUCGUGACAUUUGACGGCAGUGACCAGAGUGAGUUGCGUUUAAUCAGAAAACAGCUGCAACCACACAUCAGUGCUAUGUAUGCCUGCACCUGGAGCAAAGCAUGUAUUUGUGUAGCAGAGAGGUAGGGAAGAGACAAGACAGUGCCUCACAUUCAGUUAUCAUGGAGGACUGAUAAGAACAAAAGUAACAGUCCUUUCAACAGUUGAUGGCAUUGCAUAGAUUAGUUUUCAAAUGUACCUGAAGGAUUUUUUUUUUUUUGCACUGGGCAUGGAAUAGUACCAGUAUGUGAUGCUACAUUAUGAAUCAUGCAUGCUACAACUACAAAGCUUAACUCAGGGAAGUUAGGGCUAAUGGUUGUUAUGGUAACAAUGGGUUGGUAAAUUCUAUAGCAGCAUUAGUGUGCUGCAAGAAGAGUAUUUCUACAGAUUUUGUGAAAGAGUUAUCAUAAAUGGUAAUAAAAUCUCUGUUUGCUAAUGACAUUCUCUUUCUUCACCAUGCUGGCAUGGAGUAUUAUAGUAAAACCUCCAUAUUAAGACUUGCUAAAAUCCACCAAAUCAGGUCAUAAGUGAGAGGGGUAAUAGUAAGGAGAUCAACCAGUCUACUUUUAUUCUAGGAACCAUGACUUCAAGCACCUAAAAAUUCAAGUCAGUCGCAAGAAUUUUAGUUUUAUAAACACAUGACUUCUGGAUAAAAACAAAGCACAAUCAGCUUGUGUUUGUAAAGAGACAACAAUGAAUUGGGUAGGGUGAGGUCACUUCAACCAAAAACCAGCCUGCAUCAACCUCGUCAUGACCAUACUGUCCCAUGUAAGACCACUUUGACUCAACGCCAAAAGUGAAAUCAACCAUGGCCCAGGCUAAGUGAAUACCCGAGCAGUGACACCUGUUUCAUAUUAACCAAAUGUCUGCAUAUACAUUUAAUACAAAUCUACAAGCUUAAGAAUGAUGACAAAGACUUUUUUAAAAAGAUGAUUUUAAGAGAAAAUCAUGUUAUGCGCAAUUGUCUGAUUCGUUCUUUGUGUAUUGCCAAACAGUUAUUUUGUAAGAUGAUAGCUAAACUUGUCCGAACAACUGCUGGCUUUGUUGUGCAUUUCCUGUGGCGCAGUGGUUAGUGCCUGUCACCAAUACAGUGAGGGUUGGCUGUCCUGGGUUCAGCUUUCGUCUCGGGCCCGCUGUUGUUUCUCUGCAUGUGGCUUUUGUUUACAGGGCUGGCUGCCUUGCCAUGAUAUAGCCUUAGUUGUUGGCUCAGUGUAAAACACCACUGCCAUGCCCCCCAAUCCCCCAGCUGUUAGUAAUAUUUGACGUUAAUAGCUAUUUCUGUCAUAGGAAAUCAAUUCAUCUUUUGAACCCAGAAUGAUUGGACUUUCAAUUUGGGACUAUUUGGUCAUCACAGAGUCGGUUAGACUCAGGCAGGUGAUAGAUAUAGGAAUGCCCGCUGACCCCAUCAACAAGCCAUUUCUUUUAAAAUAAGCUUAAUUUACUUUUUGUGAUUUUUGCAGAAAAUAGCAAACAGUUUCUUUUAAAAUUUAUUUUUGUAUAACACACGACUUCUGCAAAAAUGUUGUAAUAAAGUAUAAACUGUUGAGUUAGGGAGGAUAUUGUAAUAGAGAUGAUGUUUAUAUAGCAAAAUGCAUACAUCAAAAAUGUUUGGGUCGUAACUAAGAGUGGGUAUUUCUUGAUAAGGAGAUUUUACUGUAUUCAAAAAAGGAAAAUGGUUUUAAUAUCACUGAGGUUUUUUCCUAUGGUGGUGUCAGUUUGGCAUGCUGCUGGAAUGUUGAUGUGAGAGGAAUACACAUCAUUUUCAAGCGGCAAUUGAGUAAGCACAGAUCGUAUGCAAGUCCAAAUAGCCUCUUGGGGUUGGUUUAUGGGUAAUGCCAUUAUAAUGGAGGUAUGAUCAGAGUUCAAUUCAAUACCAGUCAUAAAAUAACCAAGGCCUUUUUCUGUUCGCAAGGUUGUACUCUUUUUUGUUUGUUUGUUUCUUCUUUUCUUUUUUUACAUCAUUCUAGAUGUUAACCUUGCAUUAAAGAGUUGUCCUGAAAGAUGUAUCAAUUUCUGCUGUUGUCAAAUAUAUCGUACAAGAACCAAGAUAAAAGAAAAAGUAAAGUUCUUUCAGUAGUACAAAAGAAUUUGAAUGUUCCUAUUUGCAUGUGGUCUGAACAUUAUCUAAUCUGUAAACAUGAAGUGAGGUAUCAGAUGCUUUCAGCAAGUGGUUUGGACAUGAAAUGCCACUCAAACAUGGAGCAUUCCUUCCAGCAGAAAAUGUGCUACAGUGGUCUUAAUCCUAGAUGUGAAUAAAUAUUUGUGUGCAAGAAAAUACAAAUGUUGAAUAUGAUCCAGUUUGACACGUUUAGUCUGAGAUCCUGAAAGCUAUCUUGAAUAUGACAGGCAGUCUGUAAAUUACGUUUGUAGAUAAAUCUAUGGUGAAAGGGAAGUAACUCCUAGCAGCAAAAUUCUUAACCUAUUGAUGCAGCUGUUUUCCUUCAUCCAUUCUGUAGUCAUGGGGAAUUUUUAUUAUGGGUGUAAAUCAAGUAGCAAUACAAGGAAAAAAAGUGUCCAGAGCUAGUUAAACUUUCUUGUUAAAUAUUGUCAAAGCUUUUUUUACAGUUUAAGGUGGUAAUUGUAAUUUAGGGGCCUCAUCAUAUAGGUUAUUACUAUGUCAUAGUCUUUUUCUUGUGGUGAAUCACAAUCAGAUAUUUUCUAAAUUCCACUAGGCCUGUGGGUCUGAAUAGUAUUUUCCUCUGUUCACUGGUGCAGAACAUUAGAGAAAGAGGUGACCAGAUAGUCUUUAUAACCAAAGACAAUCAUACUUCAAUUCAUCUGUAGUAUGCUUGCACAAUAGUCAUGCUUUCACUUCUGCAGUAUGAUAACAAAACAAUCAUUUGCUGGGAAGAAGGAUGGGACAAGCAAUGCAGGUCUGAUAAGAAAAAAGUUUCAAACUAAACUGGUCUGUCAGAUUCAUAUCCUACCACUGUCUUGGCACUCUUGUAUGUUAUUCUGCUGGCACUUUUUCUUGUUUCACAAUGAUAAUCAUGCUAAUCUUCAGUACUUUGUGGCACUUUGCGCUGUGUGGAAGAUCAUCAAGCAGCAAAUUGGGGAUAAGGCUGUUUAGAAUAAAAUGGGUGUACCCAGUGUUGUCCUUACUCACAGCCCAUUUUCAGUUUUCUUGAUUGUUGACAGAUCAUUGCUUUAUUGCCUUUGCAGUAAUCUCUCAUUACUUCCAUGACCAUGACCCCUCAUCACUUUUCAUGUAAUGCAGCAUUAAGACUAAUGCUGUAGAGACAAUAGUUUUUUCUUAGAAGGAUCUCAAAGUACAAAUGGGACAGUUUCAUGAACUGUAGCUUUUGCACCUCAAGGCAACAGAUUUUUUUUUUCACUGGGUGAGAGCAAGCAUGCAAGUUUGAAGCAACUAUGCAUGGGCGCGUUUGAGUAUGUGCAAGUAUACACUUGUGCACUGUAUUUUCGGUUAGUAGCCCACAUUGUUGAGAUAUCUGAUUUACAUAUUUUGUCAUGUUUGCAGAGGGCAGUUGCCCACUACCGAUGAAAGUAAAAUUUGGCAGCUUCAGUAAAACAGUAUGGUGUAUAUAAGUCAAUGACCACGCAGUUGUAGAAACCAGUAUGAAUGACUCAGGCUUUUGUUAGUAUUGCAUCUUCCUAAAAAAAAUUUUUAAAAAGCCGAAAAAAAGUGAGGGAGAUAAGAAAAAAAUAUUGUUGCAUCUUGAAUGAAUGUGCACAUGGCAGUGUUUUAUUCAUGUAAGAUUGCAGAAAAGGUUUUCAGUAUUGGAAACCUUGCAGCACCCAUUCCAUCUUGGAAGAAAAGUCAGCUAAAUGUUUUCGAUAUGUUGUCAUUAGGUAGUAUAAUGACAUAGUGUUGGCAAAAAUAAAAAAGUAUUAGAGUAUUGUCAUGAUCUGCUGUGAAUUGCAGAACCAUUGCAGCUAUCUGUACUUACCUUAGCUAAAAAUGAUCAAUCACUAAGAGUAGUCUGUUGGUACAGGCAAUACAAUGGUUGCCAUGUGUUUCGGAUGAGCAGCAACAGGCAGCAUGAGAGGAUACCCCCAUUGCAGUUUGUUUCUUAUGGGCUACACCUUGUCGUAUGUGAAUUUUUCCUCUCAGAAGCAAUGACUUAUGUAUGAUGCAAUAAACAUGAUUCACACAA